ACUCCUCCAGGUGAUCCACAGCAGCCCAGCAGACUGCUCCCUCCUCAGCCUUCCCUCUCCUUCUCUUCCUCCUUCUCCUUCUCCACCUCUUCCUCCUCUUCCUCCUCCUCCAUCUCCUCCUCCUCUUCUUUCUCCUAUGUCAGUGCUCCAUUCCUCUGAGGGGGUUUGGAAAAACAUAAGAAAGGAACAGAAAAACAGAGGAAAAAUCCUGCUUUACCCUCAUCCGUUCUCAGAUGUGACACACCUUUGCAUGACUGUCAGCUGCUUCCCUGUCAUUGUGUGAAAACGCGCCGCAUAUGUGCUCCAAUGUCUUCGGAACAUAGACUCACUACAAGACCAGAAGUUUUCAUCUUGGUCUCCACCUCGGAAGUUCAAUGAAGGCAGACGCCUCCCUCCUGCCAGGAACAUGAAGGGCUUAUCGGGCAGCCGUUCCCAGCACCAGAUUCCCUUACCCCAUGGUUUGGACUACGACCCCCACGUCUAUGACCUCCACACUCACCAUGGCUCUGACUCCCGCCACCAGUCAUACCUGCUCAGCCCCACAGAGAGCUGCCCUAUGGACUUCCACCACCGCUACUCUCCUCGCAGCUCCAUCCACUCUGACUGCAUGAUGAUGUCCCCUGUCACGAUAGCCCCACCUGCAGUGUCUGACCACAUCUCCAGCAGCACCUUCCCCAGAAUGCACUACAGCUCUCAGUAUUAUGACUCAGCCACACGGGAAGACUGUGCUGCCAUCACGGCCUCAGCCACCUCACCCGCUGUUGCUGCAGCUGCAGCUGCGGCAGCUGCAUCCUCCCACCACAUCGGCACCAAGAGCAAUCGCCUUCCAGCAAAUCUGUUAGACCAGUUUGAGAAACAACUGCCACUUCAUCGCGACGGCUUCCACACGCUACAGUACCAACGCACCUCCACGACAACUGAGCAACGCAGUGAGAGUCCUGGCCGUAUUAGACAUCUUGUUCAUUCUGUUCAGAAGCUCUUCACCAAAUCCCACUCACUGGAGGGGUCAUCCAAGAUGAAUGGCACAAAAGGUGACAUAGUAGGAGGUGGAGGAGGAGCAGGGGGUUAUUACCAUCAUGGCCACCACUCUUCCAAACAUGGCAGCAAGAGGAGCAAGAGUAAAGAACGUAAGCAUCGCUCUGCUGGCUGGUGGAGCUCAGACGACAACUUGGAUAGUGACAGCACCUACCGCCCACCAAGUGUCAUGUCGCGACACCAUGGGGAACAUGUAAGUCAUUGCUAUCCAGAUUCCAUGCAUAGUCACCACUUUGGAGACCUGUCGCUCAAGACCUCUAGAAGUAACAAUGAUGUCAAGUGUUCAGCUUGUGAAGGCAUGGCCAUGGCACCGGAGGGAAAAUUCAUGAAGAGGAGCUCCUGGUCGACACUAACUGUCAGCCAGGCCAAGGAGGCGUAUAGGAAGUCAUCACUUAAUUUAGAGAAACCCAUGAUGCACACGGACCUCAAACCAUCACGAACAUGUCACUAUCUUCAGGUGCCCCAGGAUGAGUGGAGUGGAUACCCCGGAGAGAAAGAUGAGGAGAUCCCAUGUCGGCGCAUGCGGAGCAGUAGCUACGUCAAAGCAAUGGGGGAGGUGGAUGAUGAAAGUGGGGACUCCGACAACAGUCCGAAGACCUCUCCUCAGAAGGCUAUUCGGCCUGACGCUCUUGUCCUCAAAUCAGCCAUGCAGAGACCCCAUUUAGACCCCCAAAGCCAGGGUUACCACUUGCAAACCAGAGAUAUGCGACCCCACCCAAGUGUCACGCUGGAUCCUGCCACCACCUUUCAUCCACCUCCCUUUCGCUCUCGCAACCAGAGCUACAUGCGUGCCGUCAGCACCCUCAGUCAGGUGAGUGAGACUGAGAUCAAUGGCCAGUUUGAGUCAGUUUGCGAGUCCGUUUUUAGUGAAGUAGAAUCCCAGGCCAUGGAGGCCUUGGACCUGCCCGGUUCGUUCCGAACUCGAAGCCACAGUUACCUCCGUGCAAUUCAGGCUGGUUAUUCCCAAGAUGACGACUGCUUGCCUUCAAUGACAUCCUCCACUGUCACUUCAACUCUCAGAUCCACAACAGUGGUAUCAUACCCUCCCAGUUACAAGAAGACUCCACCUCCUGUGCCCCCGCGCACCACCACCAAGCCUCUUAUCUCUGUGACAGCCCAGAGCAGCACAGAGUCCACCCAGGAUGCCUACCAGGAGGGCAGGCAUCCACGGGGUGGUCUGUGGACCACGGAUAGCCUCGGCCGACCCAUCUACAGUUCCAUGGACAGCCUGGACAGCACCAAGGCCGUCACCAUGGCCAUGGAGUCGGCUGCAGGCAAAAGGCUCACAUCUUUAGGCAGCCACACCUCCGUCCAGACAUGUGACAAAGCAGUUCUUGUGUCCAAGGCUGAGGAGUACCUCAAAACCCCCCGCUCUUCUAUUGGCAUACAGGUGGAAAGUGUGACAGACUCUGAAGUUGAAAGUAAAGGCCUUCCUCAGUUCCAUUCCAUAGGGAUCCAAGUGGAGGAUAAGAAACGGCGUGGGAGGUUCAAGCGCUCCAACAGUGUGACUACUGCAGUACAAGCAGACAUGGAACUGGAGGGAUUUCCUUCCAUGGAAGACAAAGGUCUGCAGUUUGGUGGUGCCUUUGGCCGCCACUCUGAACCCAGCACGCCAACGCAGUAUGGAGCCAUCCGGACGGUACGCACGCAGGGUCUGUUCAGUUACAGGGAGGACUACCGGCCUUCGAGUGGGCCUCCCAGCCCGCAGCCUGAAUCCUGGUUGGUUGAACCCAGCCUGGAGAGCACGGACACUGGCCGAGUGUCCCCCCUUCGCAGGGAUGGCAGCUGGUUUAUGCAGCUGCUACACAAUGAAACCAAGCGGUUGGAGGGAUGGUGCAAAGAGAUGGAGAGAGAGGCAGAGGAGCAUGACCUGUCAGAGGAGAUCUUAGGAAAAAUCCGGAGUGCAAUUGGAAGUGCUCAGCUACUAAUGUCUCAAAAGUUUCAGCAGUUUUAUUGGCUGUGCCAGCAGAAUCUGGACCCCAGUGCCAUGCCCAGACCCACAUCUCAGGACCUGGCUGGAUUCUGGGACCUUUUGCAGCUUUCCAUUGAUGAUGUCACUGCCAAGUUUGAUGAGCUGCAGCAGAUCAAGAGCAACCAGUGGCAGCUGGUGGAGAGCCCUGAGAAGAAGGAGCCGAAGUGGCCACCACCUCUGCCAAAGAGACCAGCCAAGGGACGUGGCGGUGUGACAAGAGAGCGCUCUCUGGACCUUCAGGACCGCCAACGACAGGAAGCCCGCAGACGCCUCAUGGCUGCCAAACGAGCAGCUUCUUUCAGACAGAACUCAGCCACAGAGCGGGCUGACAGCAUCGAGAUUUACAUCCCUGAAGCCCAGACACGGCUUUGAGGUCCAUGCCUUCAUCCUCAGCUCCUCUUGUGCAUCUCCAUCCGACACCAGCUCGUGGCGCCACAUCCACCUUCCUUCCCUGCCGACAGUUAUCACUGCUCAUCCAUUUUUCCACCUAUUUCCAUUUUCAAGGUUCUCCCUGCUGAAGCUACACUAAGCAAAGAUUGAAGAUGCUUUUUUUCAGCUUAAAUUGAAAUAGUAAAAAAUGUUUAAAUGCUGCCAU